CGCCGCCGCCGGAGCCCGUGCCCGCGCGGCCCCAUGCCUCUGGCGCGGCCCUCGGGGGGGCGAAGGUGAAGACCGGCUCCUAGGAUGAGUGAAGGGGCGGCCGCUGCCUCGCCACCUGGAGCCGCUUCGGCAGCCGCCGCCUCGGCCGAGGAGGGCACCGCGGCGGCUGCGGCGGCGGCGGCGGCGGGCGGGGGCCCGGACGGCGGCGGCGAAGGGGCGGCCGAGCCCCCCCGGGAGUUACGCUGUAGCGACUGCAUCGUGUGGAACAGGCAGCAGACGUGGCUGUGCGUGGUGCCUCUGUUCAUCGGCUUCAUCGGCCUGGGGCUCAGCCUCAUGCUCCUCAAAUGGAUCGUGGUGGGCUCCGUCAAGGAGUACGUGCCCACCGACCUGGUGGACUCCAAGGGGAUGGGCCAGGACCCCUUCUUCCUCUCCAAGCCCAGCUCCUUCCCCAAGGCCAUGGAGACCACCACCACGACCACUUCCACCACGUCCCCUGCCACCCCCCCUGCCGGCGGCACCGCCUCUUCCAGGACGCCCAACCGGAUUAGCACUCGCCUGACCACCAUCACGCGGGCGCCCACUCGCUUCCCCGGGCACCGAGUGCCCAUCCGGGCCAGCCCGCGCUCCACCACGGCACGGAACACUGCGGCCCCUCCGACGGUCCUGUCCACCACGGUUCCUUUCUUCAGUAGCAGCACGCCGGGUUCCCGACCCCCGGUGCCGGGAACCCCCAGUACCCAGGCAAUGCCCUCCUGGCCCACUGCGGCAUUCGCUACCUCCUCUUACCUUCACGAUUCUACUCCCUCCUGGACCCUGUCUCCCUUUCAGGAUGCUGCUGCCGCUGCCUCCUCCUCCUCCUCCACAACCUUGGCUUCCUCCCCCUCUACCACGACCACGCCAGAAACGAGCACCAGCCCCAAAUUUCGUGGGGUGUGAACCUCGUCUCUCCUCCCUCAGGGCUUGAAAAAUAC